CACUGACUGGCACUGAUAGGUGGCACUGAUUGGCAGCACUGAUAGGUGGCACUGACUGGCAUUGAUAGCUGGCAUUGACUGGCACUGAUGGGUGACACUGAAAGGCAGCUCAGAUGGGCACUGAUAUAUGGCAUUGAUGUGGCACUGAUGGGCACUGAAAUGUGGCACUGAUGGGCACUGGCAGGUGGCAUGGAUGAGCACUGAGAGCUGGCACUGAUGGACACUGACAGGUGGCGCUGUUGGGGCUACACAGAUCAUCAGGGCACACUGAUCAGCAGUGCUCUGAUGAUCUUUGUCAGCGUGACAGCUUGUGGGGAGAGAAAUGCUGAUAACCGGCAUUUCCCUGUUUACAUGUGGACA